GUAUUUCUCAAAGGAAGGAAAAGUCCCUCAGAAUGGGAGAGGAACUCUUAGUACACAGUUGCCCUGGAGGGAGAAAGAGAUCUUAAGACAGUCUCGAGGAAGACGAAAUAAUAUUUUAGCCCUUCUGACUGAUUUAAACUACCCACAUUGUCAGCUAUUUUACUCCCAUAGGCCUUCCCCCACCGCACAGUGGCAGGUGGCCUCAGAUCAGUAGAUGUGGUAGAAACCAUCUUACCUGACUGACAGAGGUUUGGAUCCUCCCCUAUUACUUAAGCAGGCAACAGAGUUAAGAGCUGAAGCUUCACUUUGCUGAGAGACUGCACGCCAGGCACGAGGCUCCCUACUCCUCCCCUCUACCACUCUGUCUUUUACUGGGCUCUUGUCCAGAGAAUGACUGGCCCCAGCGGACCUGCGAGGAGGAUCACACGCUGAAGACACAGAACAGCAGCUCUUACUCUGCAGACUGGGAUUUUACAAAUCAGCAGCUCAAACACUAUACGGGAUUCAGAGACUGGCUUGCAAUUUUUCCACUUUUUUUUUUUCUUCAUCAGAUCAUAAACAGUGGAGCAAACGCUGCACUUGCUGACAGCUAAAAAAAAAACAAACAAAAAAAAAACAGACGGACUGACAUAUGGACAGAGAGCUGUGAGCACUGCGGCGUGAAUGUAGCAACUGGACUUCUCUUCUCUCUGGUUGCUAAGACCAAACAAGGAUAAUAGCCAAAGCACUAUCCUUUCCACCAAAGGUAGUGGGUGGAUGCAGCUUUCAGCAGGCUGCUAUAGGGGAGAGCAGUCACUGCAUAGAGGCUGCCUGUAAAGCUGAUCAACAGAGAGGUGACUCUGAGAAAAUGCUCUGCUACCUUCAACUACAUUCUUCUUGAAUACUGUGGAAAUAUAUACAAAUACCUGUGGAGUUUCAACAUUUUUUGGACUUUGCUGCUCCUGCUGAGUGGACACAAAGCUUUUUAACCUAAUGCCUAUAAAAUGCUUAUCUUAGAGAUCAUGGCAGGAUGGAUUAGGUCUGUAAAUCUGUCACUGAUGCUGCUGUGUCUUAUUCAGCUGGGAAUGGCUCACACUAAGCACAGUAUAUACCCAAGGAUACGACUCUCCCACAAAGAGCUUUGGCAGAUGAACAGGACCUGGAUCUUCCAGGGACGUGGAGUGCCUCUUCAGCCCCAGACCAUGCUGUUGGAUGAGAGCCAUCAAAGGCUUUAUGUUGGUGCCAAGAAUGCUUUGUUCUCCCUCAACUUGGACAGAGUGAAUGCUCACUACAGACAGAUUAACUGGGCGAGUACUGAAUUUCAGAUAGAGGAGUGUAUGAUGAAGGGAAGGGAAAAGCCUGAAUGUGCAAACUACAUUAAAGUCCUGCAAAAGUACAACCAGACUCAUUUGCUGGUCUGUGGAACAGGAGCCUUUAAUCCCAUCUGUGCCUUGGUCAAAGUAGGACACAAAGGGCAGGAAACUAUGUUUGCUGUUGAAGAGGAGAGUGUUACGAGUGGGAAGGGACGCUGUCCAUUUGACCCCAACAGUUCUUGCAUGUCAACACUUCGCAGAGGAGAGCUCUAUAUUGGCCUGUAUACUGACUACUGGGAGAAUGAUGGUGCUUUGUGUCGACUUAACAAUCACACCUACACACGCACCGAAAGAAACGACAGGCAGCAGCUCAACGAGCCCAAGUUUGUGGGGUCAGCAGUUAUCCCUGACAAUGAUGACAGAGAUGAUGAUAAAGUUUACUUUUUCUUCACUGAGCGGGAGACUGAUGGAGAAGGAGUGAACCGGGGAAUCCUUACUCACAUUGGGCGUGUGUGUGCGAAUGACCAAGGAGGACAGCGAAUGCUGGUAAAUAGAUGGAGCUCUUUCCUGAAAACUCGCCUCAUCUGUUCUGUGCCUGGACCAAAUGGCAUUGAUACACACUUUGAUGAUCUUGGUAAGAAUACAGCAAUAUGCCUUAAAUUCCAUCAGGAAUGGAAGAAAAGGCCAAACAUCAAACUCACUUUUGUCUGUUUUCUUUUAGAGGAUGUGUUUGUGCUCACAAAGAAAGAUGAAAAAAACCCAGAAAUAUUUGGCCUCUUUAGCACAACAAGUGCUGUGUUUAAGGGCUAUGCUGUGUGUAUGUAUCAUAUGGAAGACAUAAGAGCAGCCUUCAAUGGACCAUUUGCAUACCGAGAGAAACUUGAGCAUCACUGGACACCAUAUGAAGGAAGAGUCCCAUACCCUCGACCUGGAUCUUGUGCCAGUAAAGUGAAUGGUGGAGGUUUCUCCAGCUCAAAGGAGUUUCCCGAUGAGGUUUUGCGGUUCGUACGCUCUCAUUCUGUGAUGUAUCGUCCCGUCCUUCCACAUCACCACAGACCCAUUCUCCUGCAGCCAGAGCCAGGCAGAAGAAAGCUGACCCAGAUUGCAGUAGACAAAGUCCAAGCACAGGAUGGACACUACCAUGUUCUCUACAUUGGCACUGAUGACUCUGUGGUUUUGAAAGUUAUCACCAUCUACAACAAAGACACAGUAGAGGAGGUGCUGCUGGAGGAGCUGCAAAUUUUCAAGGUCCCAGCUCCAAUCAAAGAGAUCAUAAUAUCACCCAAAAGGCAACAGCUGUAUGUUGGGUCAGAAGUCGGUGUUGCACAAGUCAGACUACAUCAGUGUGACCUCUAUGGUUCAGCAUGUGCUGACUGCUGUCUGGCUAGAGACCCAUACUGUGCCUGGGAUGGUCUCACCUGCUCCAGAUAUUACCCAGCUGGAGUUUACACCAAGAGCAGACGAUUCAGGCGACAGGAUGUUCGCCAUGGCAACGCCGUACAGCUGUGCAAUGGACUGCAAAUUGAUGAUGAACAAUGGCAGAGGGCUGAGGAGAGACUAAUGUACAGCAUUGAGAGCAACACCACUUUACUGGAAUGUGUCCCUCGAUCACUUCAAGCUAAGGUCCUCUGGUUCUUGGAGAAAGGAGGUGAAAAACAUGAGAUAAUAGGUGAUGAACGAGUCAUCGUGACGUCUCACGGGCUUCUGUUCUUACACGUGAGGAGCUCUGACGCUGGCAUGUAUGUGUGUCAGACUGUGGAACACGGAUAUGUGCACACAUUACUGCGUGUCAACCUGCAUGUGCUCCGAGAAGAGAUUCUUCAGACGGCAAUGCACAAGCCUAAUGAUGGAGACGGAGUUUCAGCUCAAUGCCACUCUAUCCUAGUCCCUGCACCUGCCCCCAGUGUCAACCCUCGAUCUCUGCAACCACCUUCAGUCCCAGCAUCCAACUCUAGGCUCUGGUACAAGGAGUUCCUCCAGCUAAUUGGUUACGGUGAUGCUCAGAAAGUGGAGGAAUACUGCGAGAGAGUGUGGUGCUCUGUUAAGAAACGCAAAAAGACCAAAAGGAAGUAUGUUUCUUUAGGUGGUGAGAAGAAAGGAAAAGGAAUGGGAGAUGCGAACUCCCACAGAGCUCCCAGGCACACUUUUGACACCUGAGGACAACAAAGACUCACAACACAUAAACACACAUGCACGCACACUGUGUAAAGUUCAUACUUUGUGUUUGCACCAUGUAAGAAGUAUAUGCUGUACGUUCAACAAGAGCUGCAAGAGAUAGAGUAGCAGAUUGCCUUACAAUUGUAGCUGCAUUUACCACUGAGGUCUUUUAUGGUUAAUUUAAAUGUCACAUCUUGUCUUUUUCUGUGAUGUAACCCUAUUAUUUACUGUAGACCCUGGAGGAACACACACAGACAUCACCAUUAGUACAGAAAAGAGACUCUCAUGGGAAAAGAUGGACAAAAUUGUGUAAAGUUUCCUCUGAUCAGUGAGACACACCAUGUAGGCUGAUCAAUCAGGACCCUGCCAGACUGCUUCUUUACAUCUCAGCCUUUCUCAACACUUCACUGAGUGGCAGUAAUGACAUUUUCUGUAAAAUAUGAGAAAAAAAAAUUAUAAUGUCAAACAUAAUUUUAAGUUGCAUGGUAAAUUAUUUUCUUGAUUUUUACACUGAGCUAUUUUGAUGUAAUAAUGUCAAAAACUGGAAGAUAGAUUGCUAUUCUGCUUGAAUGGUCAUAAGGCUAUGAGUUGAUAGAGUGAGACCGUAAGCAGUAUGUGUGGUUAUAAUGUUCACUAGAGUACACAUUUUAACAAGAUGUUUACAUACAUAGUAUAAGAAAGACACACAAACCUUUUCCAUUGUGUACUUGUUUGACAUGAAAUCAGUUUAAACUUUUCCUGUUUUAGUUCAAUUAGGAUUACCAAAGUUAGUUCUAUUUGCUAAAUGUUAGAAUUUGAUAAUAACAAUGAGAAGAUUUUAAAGAUAAUUUACAUUGCUUUCUUUAAAUUCAGAAGUUCAUGUAAAUCUUCUUAGUAUUUGGUAACAAAACAUUUCAUCUGUAUGACUUUUAUCAAAUGUUUUGAGUAUUCUUCAGCAAGCUUUUUACUACAGUUUGCCAGAACUUACAACUUUUUGUAAGCAGAGCUUACAAAGUCCAGGCUUUAUCAGAUUGUUUAAAAUAAUAAUAUUCCUUGUGUGUGUAAACUUUUGACUUUGAAGAAAGUAAUAAAUGACAAAAAUUCACAAUUUGGCAAAAAAGUAAAUAAUAAAAAUUUACAAUCUGGCACAAAUACAACUAGCUUUAAUAAUCCUUAGUGACCUAAAAUGUCAGAAGUUUACUCUGAUUGAAUAAUAGGCAGUAAGAAAAAAUGUUCCACAUCAUAUUGCACAGUGUUUGUAUUUACCUAGUGUCAACUGUUGCAAUACCACUGUCAUGGGUAUUUUGAGGCAUGUUUCAAAUAUAACUAUGCCCCCCAAGAGUACAAAUACUAUUUAUGCACUUGUAAAACCUAUUUCAAUACAUAAAAAAAUAUCUUACCAGUGAAUUUUUUUAUUUAUCUACUCUUACCUCUGGUACUGCUGAAGGUUUAUUCAAGUGAUUCAGUUGUGCGUAUUGUGUUUUGUAUUUGCUUUGAGGUUAUUUCUGUGUAGAUCUGGUUAUAUCUAUGUAAUCAAAUUGUAAUUUUUCCUUCUCUUGUGACUUUUUGUUCCCCCUAUAUCAAGUCCCGUUUUGAUUGACAAACCAUCUGAUGUUGCAAAUGAGAGGCAUAGUUAUCACAAAUAGUUAAAUCUCAUUUUCCUCUGGAAAAAAAAUAGAAACAAAUAAAUGUUUCAGCAGCCAUUCAGGCAUGUCAUUAGCAAAACAGAAGAGAUAUGAAUAUUCAUUUGAUUCUAAGAUGAUAGAAUCAACCAGAUGUUUUGUUUGAAAGCUUGUACUAGUUGUGCUCAUUUCUGUACUCAGUGGGAUCAUGUAUGCCUUUUCUCAGUUUGUGCAUUAUUUAUUGAUUUCUAUAUUGACUGUUUUGACUGCAUCUAAGGGGUAUUCAUAAUGUGGUAAGACAACUGUUACAUAUCUGUCAAAAGCUUAUAUCAGCAUUAUAUUCCUUAACUAUUAUAGUGGUACAACCUCAAUAUUGUGAAAAUUGUGUAGAUUUUACCCUUAAAAUGCCUGCAAUUAAAAACAGGACUACUUUUCCUCCUUGCUGUUACCUGGUUUAAAGAAAGAAUUAAUAAAGGAUAUUCUAAGCUCAGGCACACAUAUAAAGAAAAAAAGAAUAAAAACAUGUUUUACAUUCUUCCGUGUUCCCAUUACAGUAUCGAAAAAUGAAUUAAGGUUUCUUUGGUAAGUGAACCAAUUAAGUUACCGCUGCCAUAUUUAUAUAGAUCUUUUAGUUACUGGCUUAUUUGCAGACCCAGUCCUAAUUUGGGCUCUUCUCUUAGAAUGGACAACAAACCAAAUGAGGGACAUUGAAAAAAAAAUAAUCACAAAACAUAAGUAUUCAAAGUAAAGUAAAACACCUAAAAUUAGAUAUGAGUGCAUGUGUUGCUAAGCUAACUAUGGACAGAUUUCCAAAAGAAGAAAAAAAAACUGUGAAACCUGAACUGCUCAAUAGAUCUCAAAUAGAUAGGCAAUGUCUGACAGAGGAUACAGAAUGAGCAAAUAUUUUUCUUAACAGAAUGUAAGAAUUACCAUUUCAGAUAGCUCUGGUUGAUGUGUGGCUGUUUUGCAAUUUACUAACAUAAAUACAGCUUGCAAAGAAGUCAAUGGAUUUGUGCAGAAAUGCAAAGAGAAAAAAAAAACAAAGAGUAUCAAUAAUACAUGUGAUAAACUAAACAUUAGCAAUAAUAAUGUUUACUAAAGUUGCAUUUGGAAACCAGGGAGAUGAUUUUGUCAUCAAAGACAUCUAAGAAACAGUUCAUGUUCAUGACUAAAUAAUUCUAUGACAUGGAUAGACUUGAUGUGUGCAAGCAGUCUGCAGAGUUUGUAUUUAAAAGUUUCUAUUUUCUGUCUGUAGAUAUUUCUGGUUUUGUUAAGGUUCAAAAGUCUCAGUGUUGGAUGAGCUGCUUAUUCAGAGUGGACUCUGGGCAAGGGUUGACACUUUAUGCCAAGCUUGUCUCUGUGUUUGCUCUCUUAUGGUCUCAUCACAUUUGUUGGACAACUUAGAGACUUUACAGUCCUAUUGCAAAAGAGGAGAUAGAAUCAGUGUAAAUGGACUAAAUCCGAGUUGUAAGAAAUUUACAUACAGUUUAAAAAAACUAAAGAAAACAUAUUGACUGCCAACAACUAGUUGGAAUUUUUCUUCCCUCCACUCUGAGAGCUCUCUAGGACCCUAUAACUCAUUCAUAUUCUGUCUUGGUCCACCUGAGUCGGCAGGGUGCUGAAGGCAUCUGUGAAUGGAAUUCAUGCUGCUGAUUUAUUCCACAUGGCUACCAUAGCAACAGACUCUGAACCAGUUCAACUAGCUUCCUCUUCAACGCUCCCUCUUUUCUCUAUAUCAGAUUUAAAUACUAUGAGCAUGAUACAUAGUUCUGUGGAGCCAAAGGUCUUUGUAGUUACUGAAUAUGCAGAUUCUAAUGUACACAAAUGGACUGGUUAUUCUGGUUAGGCUCGAGAUUACAUUUGACUUCUUAGAGGAUCUUCUCUUCCUGUACAGCUAUGCCUGACAGCCAGCUUUUAUAAAUGAUAAAAAGCUACUUUGAAUGUGUUACCCACUACAUGUCAUAGGGAAUUUAUGGAAAACUGUGUGAAGAUGCAAGCAUGAUGUGAUGAAACACUAUUAACCUUUUAUCCAGCCUACUCAGAGAUUAAGACAUCAAAGGUCAUUUCAUUACUAGGCUUUAUCAUGUUUCAGCGGCUGUGCAAAGAUUAUUCCUUUACACAGGAAUAAUCCCCUCCCAGAUCAGUUAUUGUCAAUAGCUUUCGCACCAGGAUGGUUUAUUAUAAGUGAAAACGACACAAAAGGAAGGUGAAAUUAGAGGUGGUGAAAAAAGAACAAAAAGAAAGUUCAUACUUGUCUGCAACAUCACUGCAUAUUUCAUUGCAACAAAGUAAGAAUAGUGAGGCAAAUUAAGUAGAGAUAAUCAUCUGACUAACUCAUUCUCCUGAUUUUUUUUUUUUCCUGGAUUGCUUUGCACCUUAAUCCCCUUAAUAGAACUUCAAUCAAUAGGCUCAUUGCACUUUGUUGUGCUCAGUUAAGCAUGUGAAACAGCAAAGGCUAACAAGAGGAGGCUUCAACCCACAACACAACUGUAAGGAUUCUGGUGUGAUUUUGAAUGAGUCACUCUCAGAGAAAAUCUCCCAGAGGGCAUUUCUGACUCUAAGCAGCCUGCACACCUGUCAAUAAUCACCUCAUCAAGCCUUUGGGGGCUUAAGGAGUGUAGGACUCUUUGCUGGAUAAUUAAUCUUACCAGUAUUUUCUAGCAUUCUAGUGUUUCAAGUUUAGCUUUUAUUGUGAUUUUUAUUUUUUUUUUAAAGAUUGAUCCUUACACACGUUGAAUCAUUUAAUCCUCGUUCGUUGUGCUUCCAGUUUCUUCCAAGCUUGUCCUUUGCAGUUCCAGUGCCCUAAGUCCUUCAAAGCAACUGAUAUAAAACUAUUAUCCACACCACUCUGACUAGAAGUAUUUUCUUCUAAGAUUAAGAAUUUCAACACCCAUUUUCUUCAGUUUGCUUUUGUUAAAAUGACCAUGUCAUACUGAGUAAGCUACCUAUUUCUUGCAUUUUAUGUCAGGCUGUUCUGAGGAAGCAUAUUUUCCUUAACCCACUGUGGAGGAGCACCUAACUAAAGAGAAGUAUUGGAAAAUACAAGGGGAAGGCAAAUUGUGGUUUCUGUUGUUGACCAUAUUCAAGGGAUACCAAGUUUUCUUCAAGGUGCUACAGAGAUUAUGGUAAAUUUAUGUUUGGGUUUUCUGAAACAAAAUGAACAUCGAAACACAGCAGACAAGCAGCUGUGUGUCAACAUAUGCAGUGAGCUAUCUUGCUGACACAGCUGUCUCGGAGGUAGAAUAUUUUCCCUUGGCACCCUCCAUGUUAGAUAAUCAGCAGCAAGGGAGGUGACAGUGACCCCCUAUGUAUGUGUCUGUUUAAUCAGCUGUUGUCCAUGGUAAUUAUUUCUUCUUUUUUCUUAACAACUGACACACUACUCUUUUGUGAGAGUGAAAUAAAUUACUCAUUGAUGCUCAAUAAUUCACAACAAUGUAUGUAUAUUUGCUUCUUUGCCAUUCCUAAGAGAACCUGUGCAUGUAUAAAAGAUGCCUACCCCUCAUCCUCUGAUGUUUUCCACAGCUCUUAUGCCUCACAAGACACAAAAGGCUUUAGAUAGAGGACAUGGGUGGAAAUGGAAUAGAGGAGAGGUGUAGAUCAUCUGGCUUUUUCCUACCACUGAGCCGAGGGAAAACAGGAAACCAAGAAUAAGCCAGUGAGAAGGAAAAAGUGUGAAGUGCAUGAAGCAGUGAAGAAAGAGGAGAGGAACGAGGCUGAGAAAAGAGAAACAUGCUCGCAGGAAGGUGUCUGAUGCGGAGCAUUGUGUUUUAUCACCUUGGGGCUUUGCUUAGCCUUUCGAGGGACUUGUACAUUUAGAAUUACAUUUCUGUCUAUCUAAAAUAUGUGAUCUCAAAAUCUGUCAAAGGAAAGAAUGUGUCUUAAAAUACAUAAAAUUGA